AUGGAGCUGAACGGCACGGACAGCGGCCUGAACGGCACGGACGUGAACCGGACCGUCACUCCGGUCUUCACGAUCGGCACCGACUUCAUCACGCAAUGGAAAUUGCAGAAGCAGAGGGAGAGGCUGUGUCGGUUCGUGUACAACCAGGUCCUGACGGCGGAGUGCACCCAGCUGAACGGCACCUGGCCGGACUCGAAUGACCCCCGCUGGAGCAGCGGAGAGUACGCCGAGCUCAUCCCCGAUUGGUUCCCCACGAACGCCACCAACGCCUCCGCUUCCGUUAACGUCACCUCUCCUACGAUCCAGGAGGAGGCGCUGCAGCCGGUUUUGCCGCCGUUCGAGUUAUGGCAGACCGUCCUGAUCGCAUUGGGGCUGGCGAUCUGUAUAGUCCUGACGGUCGGGGGGAACAUCCUGGUGCUGCUGGCUUUCAUUGUUGACAGGACCAUCCGACAGCCGAGUAAUUACUUCAUCGCCUCUCUGGCUGCGACCGACAUGCUCAUAGGUACGGUAUCGAUGCCGUUCUACACGGUUUACGUGCUGAUGGGGUAUUGGGAUCUGGGAGCCCUGCUCUGCGACCUCUGGCUCUCCGUGGACUACACGGUCUGCUUGGUGUCUCAAUACACGGUGCUGCUGAUCACGGUGGACCGUUUUUGCUCGGUCAAGAUUGCCGCAAAGUACCGGAGCUGGCGGACGAAGAACCGAGUGAUCUACAUGGUGACCAUCACGUGGAUCAUCCCCGCUCUGCUGUUCUUCAUCAGCAUCUUCGGCUGGGAGCACUUCGUGGGGUACAGAGACCUGGCCCCUGGUCAGUGCGCUGUUCAGUUUCUGAAGGAGCCAGUAUUCAACACUGCCCUGAUCAUCGGAUACUACUGGACGACGCUGAUCGUCCUGUUCAUCCUGUACGGCGGCAUCUAUAAAACGGCGUACGAUAUGCAGAAGAAAAGCGAAGCCAAACAGAGGAAGAUGCAGUCCAUGGUGGCGCUAAGCGCAGGCGCGAUGUCCGGCAUGGCUGGUCGCGCCGCUGGCAUUGGCAUCUCUAAAACCCAGAGUACCUUGCUAAGCCAGGACAAGCCCAAGGUAACAACGACCACAUCAGGGAGCGCCAACCUACAGCCGCCAGCGAAUGACGGAGGCACCAGCGGCGAAUCCGCUUCCGGGCAGAAGUCGUCGAAGGGAAGUUCCGGCUCCAACCAAACCGGAGACACCGGAGGAAAGCAGACCACGGGGACAACAGCGGAGACAGAGAAGUCGGAGAGGUCCAGCAGUCCAGCGUUCGACUCCGACGAGGACAGCACGGUUGCUCCGACUCAGCAAGCCAGCAGCAUCAGGAAGAGGUCCUCGCUUGCUGGGCUAGUGGCCCAGUCCGGAGCUCUGCAGGUUUUCACCACCAACGGAAGGAUCAACGGCAUCACCCCCGUGAAGGUGGCGAUGAAUCUCCCGGUGAAGAAGAUCUCACCCACCACCCCAACGAGCGAGGUCGUCGCGUCCACGAAGGCCCAAGCACUGCCCAAGAUUCAGGAGCAAAGUCUCCUGGACACCGACAAUCCCGUGGAGCCGGACAGGUCCAGCAGUACCUUGACCCCGGAACAAUCCCUGAAGUCUAACGACGCAGAUUCCAAAACCACCGAGGCGACUCCUUCUGGGCAAGGCAAGUGCCCAACCGCGAGUUCCCAGUCCAGUGGCCAGCAGAACAUCAUCCCGCCUCCCUCUCAGUUCCAGAGCAGUCCGCCGAUAUCCGAGAGCCCCUCCACGUCCUCCUCCACCGAUAGACCCAAAUCCCUGGUGGUGUCUGCCCAUGGCCAAGCCACUUACGACAUUCUAACCGGCCUGGAUGGUGCCGAUCUGCGGUACAUGGACGAGAGCUCCGUGAUCGUCCCCAGCCCGUCCUACGAAAGUCCUCCAUCCUCCUUCUCCUGCAGCCUCGCCAACCCUCUCUCCACGGCUCCGUCGUCGCCUAUCCUAGGGAACGUCGCGACGUCCGCGACCAACACCAGCCUGCUCCAAGCCGCACUCAUCAGAGCGACUGCCCAGCAAGCUGGGACCACCCUUCCGCCACAAAGCCAGCUUCCAGCCAUGAUCAACGCGUCCAGCCAAACUCAUCCACCCCGUGUGUUCAUCACCCAUCAGACCCACGCCGCCUCGCAGACCUCACCCACUGUCAGCAAAGUGAACACCGAAGUCACUCUGCUGAAGGUCGAAGACCCUAAGGUCCAGCCAGUGACCACAGUCGUCGCUGCCACUCCUGUGGAGUCCUCCAACAGCUUCUCCGAUCAACCAAAGCCUAAUGUUCCGCCGCAGAACUCAUCUUCCAGCAGCGCUGUGCCAACCAUCUCGGGAACCACCAGUGGCGACACGAAGAGACAGUCCAAGAAGAAGGAUGCCGAUGUGGAGGGCGGAUCUAGGAGGGACUUUGUCAAGUCUAUCGGGAAACGGCUGAAGGCCAAGACCCAGAGGAAGGAUCCAACCAUGGGCAGGCAGAAGUCCAAGACCGAGAACAGGGCCCGCAAGGCUUUUCGCACCAUUUCCUUCAUCCUGGGUGCCUUUGUUGCCUGCUGGACUCCUUAUCAUAUCCUUGCUCUCGUUGAGGGGUUUUGCGCUAACCCACCGUGCAUCAAUGGACAUAUUUACAUGUUCUCGUACUUUCUUUGCUACGCCAAUAGUCCUAUGAACCCUUUUUGCUACGCGCUUGCUAAUCAGCAGUUCAAGAAGACCUUCACCAGGAUUCUCAAAGGGGAUCUGCACAUGACGUAA